CCCGCCCACCUGUACCUGUGGGCUGUCUGAGGAGUCCUGCGUGACAGCCACGAGAAAAGACCAUCCUCUGGUCUCUGUGUUGAUCCUGAAGCAGUAUGGAGGAGAGUGACCUGCUCCAGGAGAGGCUCCAGGCCAUCACUCAGAAGCAUCGAAUUCAAGAGGACAUUAAAAAGAAGAAAGUGAAACUCGAUCAAGAGAAAUUCAAACUGCAACAUCUGAAGAAAAAGGCUCUGAGAGAGCAGUGGCUGCUGCGAGACUCCCAUAAUGGAGUCGACUGCACACAGCAGCAGAGCUUUCUGUCUGACCGGGAACACACCAGAGCCCUGCAGCUCAGCAUCCACAG